AUGUCGAGCCUGCGAGCUCAUGGAUAUAAUUCUGCCAAGAUUCGUAAAAUGUUUCAAAAGCAUUUAUAUCAAAAGGAUAAGCUGCCUAUUAUAUGUCAUACUAUCGGCGGCAACAAUUUUAUCCCAGUGACACAAUGCCAAUGUUUCGAAUAUGUCACUGUCAGUAAACUCUUUUUGUUGGGAAACAUGAACGAGGCCAGGGGUGACGCGGUGGAUCUUUACUCUGCCGAACACCAGAUGGCUCUGCUCAAUGGCUCAGGACACGAACCAAAACCGUGGGAACCCGUGUCUCCCAGCCAGCACACCUACGUAGGCAUCUACCUCAUUUUUAUGGGAGUGCUCGGGACCUUCGACAACGCUCUGGUGGUCGCCAUGUUCAUCAAGUUCCGAGUGCUGCUUACCCCGUCCAAUCUUCUGCUGCUGAACCUGUGCAUAACCGACCUCGGCAUCUGUCUGCUGGGUGGCUUUGCCUUCAGUGGCGUGUCUUCCCUGGCUGGAAGAUGGCUGUAUGGAGAUUUCGGGUGCCAAUACUACGCUUUCAUGGGUUUCCUCAUGGGUGUUGCCAACCUCACGACUCUCCUCAUGAUUGCCCUGGACCGCUACCUCGUCACCUGCCGGCAUGACCUACGUGAGUAUUAGGAGGAGGAACCUGGAGGAAAACUGACCUACCGCCGUUACUACCAGAUGAUCGCCUUCAUCUGGGUGUGGGCGCUGUUCUGGGCCGUCUGCCCGCUGCUCGGCUGGGCAAGCUACGGCUACGAGCCCUCCGUCACGACCUGCACCAUCAACUGGCAGCAGAACGACACCAGCUACAAGUGGUACAUCAUGACGAUGACUGUGCUGGCGUAUUUCGUCCCGCUCUGCCUCAUGUGUUCCUGUUACUACCAAGCCGCCAAGUUCCUUCACCGGGCGCACGAGACAGGAGAUGCUGUGUACUCGUACGACUGGGCCAGCGAGAGGAAUGUGACGAAGAUGGGUGGCGUUCUGGUGAUGACUUACCUAUUCUGCUGGUCUGCCUAUGCCGUGGUCUGCGUGUGGACAGUGUUUCGUCAUCCCUAUACUGUCCCUCUCGUUCUUACUCUUCUGCCUCCCCUCAUGGCUAAGGCGUCGCCCGUGCUCAACCCGAUCAUCUACUUCUACUCCCACCCGCGCCUGAAGAAGGGCAUGAUCGCCACGCUGACCUGCUGCUUCAAGGAACCGCCUCCCGAGCUGCUGGAAUUGCCCGAGACCAAGAGCAUGACGGAGAACAACAUCACUAUCAGAACCAUCUGCCGCAGCCUCAGCCUCACCAUCAUAACCAUCUGCAGGAGCACGAGCAUCAUCAUCACAACCAUCUGCAGGAACACGAGCAUCACCAUCAUCCUAGAUGGUAGCGGAACUCGGGGUUUCAUGAGGGUUUUGUUAUUAAUGUACUCGUGUAAUCAGUGUGAAGUAGCUAGAAAUAAUUCCAGUAUUCAAUAA